AUGCCUUCCCAAAAAACCUUCCGCACUAAGGUGAAGCUCGCCAAGGCUGCCCGCCAGAACAGGCCCAUCCCCCAGUGGUUCCGCCUGAAGACCGAUACCAAGAUCCAAUACAACGCUAAGCGACGACACUGGCGACGAACGAAGCUCAACAUCUAAGCUCGCUUUUUCUCGCUUUCGUAUUCGCCUUCGCCUUGUAUCAUCAUCACACGAUGUUUGCUGCUGGAAUUGGGAGGCAGAAGGGUUAAAAUCACACAACGCAGCAUCCACUUCACUACAUGCAUCAUAUGGCCCUUUCAGUCGCAUACUCUAUGCCGCAACAACACCAUGCCCAAUCA